AUGCCUCACUAUCGGGUCCACAAAGCCGGGAAGCCUCCGGCUCUCGGCGCGACCAUCAAGCGUGAUAGCUCCGACUCCGACUCCGACGCCGAGACCAACCAGCGCCGCGUGCGCGAGCAGCGUGCUCAAUUGGACCGUGGCGUGAGGCUGCUUCCCAGGACCUCGGCGGAGCAGAAUCCGCAGCGCCUCACACGAAGCCUCCAGAUCCAGCCCGCGGGCGUCUUCCGACCUCAAGACCACUUCCUCGCUCCCGAGCAGCACUUCCCCCUGCAGACCAUACGCACGCGAACACAGUACCCUCGUUAUGUCAACCGCUUCAACUCGAAGGAGAUCAUGCUUGUCGUCGACGGCAGUUGCGUGAACAAUGGUGCCGGUGCAUGGCGCAACCCACCCGCUGACAAAGACAAUGCGCCAAGGGGUGGCUUGAGCUUCAUAUACAACAGCAGUGUCGGCGGAGCCGGGACCACGUUGCCAUACCUUACAGCGGACAAUAUGAAUACGGACGGUGCACCGCUGGGAGACCUCACGAUACCGAUGCCCGACAUCACAGGCAAGAUCGCACUCCCUCUCGAGCAGAAGGGCCCCUGCGGGGACAUACACAGGCACACCUCAAACAGGGCCAAGCUGCGCGCCGUGAUCGCCGCGUUGGACUUCCGGCCGUGGUACGGGGAGGGCUGGCAGUCGGUCGUGAUCGUCACGGACCUCGAAUACGUCGUCCUCGGGGCCACCAAGUGGCUGCCGGCCUGGGUGCAGCGGAGGUGGAGGCUAGCCCCACGCAGGGACGGCAGGGGGAGGCUGAGGCUCGGCAGGAAGCUCGCGAAUCGUGACCUGUGGGAGGAGCUGCAGUCCCGCGUCGAGAAUCUCCGGGCGAACGGCACGGAGGUGGCCUUCUGGCUCGUCCCUCCCAAAAGCCUGGCCAGGGAGGACAGCAAUCUCCUCUGGGAGGCGAAGACUGCUGCCCGGGAGGUCGCUAGGGGCUCUGGGCCUGUUGUCGAUGAUUACACGAGGCUGCAUGGCUUGUUCGUCUGA